AUGAAAUACCCCAGAAUGGAAGAAGAGGCCUCAUACCGCCUUCUCUUCACCACCAGUAAGGAGAUUCGUGUUGUGUCCGUCACAGGAGGCCAUAGACCUCGACCACAGCAAGAUGUCGGCAAGCUGGUGCAGGACAUGGAGGGGUGCGCGGCGGUGGACUACCUGUACGACGCGGGGCUGGUGUGCUGGACGGACCUGACGCUGGAGCGCAUCCAGUGCGUGCCGUACAACGGGUCGGCGCACCCGGCGCCCGUGGCGGGCGCGGGCGGCGGCCACGGGGCGAGCGCCGUGCAGCGCAUCGUCACCUCGGAGCUCAUCUCGCCCGACGGCCUCGCCGCCGACUGGUACACGCGCAAGCUCUACUGGACGGACGGCGAGAUGAACCGCGUGGAGGUGGUGGCGCUGGACACGCGCCACCGCAAGGUGCUCUUCUGGGAGGACAUCGACCAGCCGCGCGCCAUAGCCCUGGCGCCCAUGCGCGGGUUGAUGUUCUGGACGGACUGGGGCGAGGUGCCGAAGAUCGAGCGCGCGGGCAUGAACGGAGACCCGCUGACGCGGCGCCCCAUCGUCACCGACAACAUCUUCUGGCCCAACGGGCUCACCGUGGACCACAACGCCGAGCGGCUGGACAUCAUGCAGCUGGAGAACGGCGCCCGCGAGCCGCGCCAGCUGCUGCACUCUGACCAGACGCCGCUGUACGUGCAGGCGUGGGACCGCAGCCGCCAGCCGCCCGGCCGCUCGCCCUGCCAGCGCGACAACGGCGGCUGCUCGCACCUCUGCUUGCUGGCGCCCGACCCGCCCGGCUACUCGUGUGCCUGCCCCACGGGCGUGCGCCUCAUCGACAAGCGCACCUGCGCCGACGGUCCGCGCGACGUGCUGCUGGUGGUGCAGCGCAACGACAUCUCCAAGCUGUCGCUGGACACGCCCGACUUCACCAUCUCGGCGCUGCCGCUGCACGACGUGAAGCACGCCAUCGCCAUCGACUUCGACCCGGUGGACGAGCUGCUGUACUGGACGGACGACGAGGCGCACGCGCUGCGGCGGGCGCGGCUGGACGGCUCGGCGCAGGAGGACGUGGUGACGGCCGAGCUGGGCCACCCGGACGGCAUCGCCGUCGAUUGGGUGGCGCGCAACCUCUACUGGACCGACACCGGCAUGGACCGCAUCGAGGUGGCGCGCCUCGACGGCAAGUACCGCAAGGUUUUGAUAAGUGAGGAUUUGAAUGAACCUCGUGCAAUUGCUGUGGCUCCUACCGAGGGAUGGUUGUUCUGGUCAGACUGGGAAACUGGACGGGCUCGAAUAGAGCGUGCAGCAUUGGAUGGCACUACUCGACGUGUUCUUGUCAAUGAGAAACUGGGUUGGCCAAAUGGCAUUGUGUUAGAUAUUGAGCAUCGCCACCUUUACUGGUGUGAUGCAAUGACAGACAAAUUGGAGGUUGUUACGCUGGAUGGUAAUGAGCGUCGUGAAGUGUUGAAUGAUGGACUCCCCCAUAUGUUUGGUCUCAGUCUUCUAGGAGAUUAUCUGUAUUGGACUGAUUGGCAGAAGAGAACAAUAGAGCGUGUUCACAAAUUAACAGGGGGAAAUCGUACCCUAAUUGUUGAACAGCUUCCAAAUGUAAUGGGACUGAAAGUGAUGCGUCUAGGUGAAGCUCCAGGAAAUAAUAGCUGUUAUGAAUUGACAGCAGAUGAAAAAACAUGUGUCAUUCCAGAAGCUUUUCUCCUGUAUGCUCGGCGUGAAAAUAUUGGCCGAAUUAGUAUUGAAAAUAGCAAAAAUGAUGCAACAAUCCCUGUAUCAGGGGUGAAGGAUGCAAGUGCCUUAGAUUUUGACAUUAAUGACAACCGGAUCUACUGGACCGAUGUUCGUCUCAAAGUCAUUAUGAGAGCUUUUAUGAAUGGUUCUGACGUGCGUAAAAUUAUUGAACUAGGACUUGAUACUCCCGAAGGAAUGGCUGUGGAUUGGGUUGCUCAUAAUAUCUAUUGGACUGAUACUGGUAGCAUGCGAAUAGAAGUUGCCCGUACUAAUGGUAGCGCCCGAAAAGUACUUUUGUGGAAAGGUUUAGAUGAGCCCCGAAGUAUUGUAUUAGAUCCGCGAGAGGGGUACAUGUAUUGGAGUGAUUGGGGUAAUCAAGGGCGUAUUGAAAGAGCUGCUUUGGAUGGAUCUCAGCGUAGUGAGCUCUUUCUGAAGACAGGUCGAGCAAGAGGCCUAACUAUUGAUUAUGCGACUCGACAGCUGUACUGGACAGAUAGUUAUCCUGCUGCCCUAUACAUGGCCAGCUUGGAUGGUCGCAACCGACGGGAGCUAGUGACUCAGGGUUUGGAAUGGCCUUAUGGCUUGACACAAUACCAGAAUUUUAUCUACUGGUCAGAUUUCAAAUCUGGCAAUAUUGAAUGUGUCGACAAAAUGACAGGACUGAACCGAACACGCAUUCAUGAAAAUCUCAACAGUACCACAGAUUUGCUAGUGUUCCACUCAUCCCGACAGGCUGGAUGGAACCAGUGUUUUCAGAAUGGUGGCUGUUCCCAUUUGUGUUUAGCUCUUCCUGCUGGAGAAACUCCUAUUCCUGGAAUUGGUGGUCCUCAUGGCACUAACAGUCAUGGUCUCCCUCAACCUACACGGCAGUCGACUACUUACCGGUGUGGUUGCCCUACUCACUAUACGUUAGCUGCUGAUAAUCAAACAUGCAAAGCUCCUGAAUCAUUCCUUGUAUAUAGUCAACGGAAUCUUUUAACUAGACUGCUUCCUGACACUGAUGAUUGUCCAACUGCUGUACUUCCAAUACACAAUUUGAAAAAUGUGCGAGCUAUUGAAUUUGAUCCUGUUUCACAGUUUUUCUAUUGGGUUGAUGGAAAGUCACAGUCAAUACGACGUGUAUAUGAUAAUGGGUCUCAUGCUAGUGUUUUGGUUCCUGCUGGCUCUCGUCAUCAUCCUUAUGACCUGGCAGUGGAUCCGUACCGUCGAUUAUUGUUUUGGUCUUGUGCAUCUGCAGAUGCCAUCAAUGUGUCUCGCCUUGAUAAUGGGACUGAAGUGGGAGUGGUUGUCAAAGGCACUGAUGAAAAGCCUCGUAGUAUUGCUCUUCAUCCUGAGAAAGGUUUCCUCUUCUGGGUGGAUGUGGGCCAACGUCGUGUGGUGCGUUCACAAUUGAAUGGGCAGAAGAGAGAGAUUAUUUCUCAGGAAGAGACUGACCAGUUAUCCGCUCUUGCUGUGGACCGAAGGGAAAACAGAGUCUUCUGGGUAUCACUUCAUCAAAUUAAAAGUGCUGACCUAGAUGGCCGCAAAAGUGCUAUUAUUCUGGAUCUGGAUCGCGAUGCUUCAGCCAAACAGUUGGCUGUCCUAGGACAGUGGCUGUAUUGGGCUGAUGCAGAAAGACAGCAAGUUGUUCGUGCCCGUAAAAGUGAUGGACAAAAACAGUCAGAAGUUCGUGGUCGUUUAGUGAACCUCUCUGAUCUGGUAGCCGUUCAAGUACCUGAUCCAGAGAUGCUGGAAGGGCAUCCUUGUUCAUGGCAGCGUGAUCAUGGUGGCUGCUCACAUUUGUGCCUUGUGAGUCCCGAGGGAGCUGCUGAAUGUGGUUGCCCUGUAGGCUUGGUGUUUGGACGUGAUGGCAAUGAAAAAAAUUGUGUAAAGCCUCCCAAUUGUGGAGAUAAUAUGUUUAUGUGUGCUGGUAUCGGCAAGGAUUGCAUUCCAAUGGAAUGGCGGUGUGAUGGGUUUGAUGAUUGUCCAGAUAGUUCAGACGAGAUAGAAUGCCCUGCAUGUGGACCUGAUAAAUUCUUGUGCCGAUCUGGAGGAUGCAUUGCUCGUGAAAAUGAAUGUGAUGGGAUAGAUCAUUGCACCGACCGGUCAGAUGAAUUGCACUGUUGUGCAAAGCCUGACAUGUUUCGUUGUGCUACAGAACAUUGUGUACGACCUGAGCUUCGAUGUGACAACUAUGUAAAUUGCCGAGAUGGUUCAGAUGAGACUGCUCCGGACUGCCCUGCUCAACCAGAAAGCAGUAAGAGUACCUACUUGGUGGUGAUAGUUGUGGCAUCAGCAGCAUUGGUGUCUUUGGUUGGUCUGGCUUACUAUUGCCAUCGUCGUCUUCUUGGGGCCUCAGCAUCCACAUUGGAUGAUGAUUUGGGUGAUUCGGCUGGAGAUCCACUUGCUCCAAAGGCUUGUCGUGCUGUUGGCAAACCAAUCUGCCAGGUUACUGCAUUGCAAAAGAACGGUCAUAGAGGUAUAGGAAUGGCAGCUAAAUCACUGCCGAAGGUUGUGGGAAUCGGAAAUGGGGGCACAGGUGGCUGCGGUGUUGAUGGUGUUCGCAUGUCGAUUCUUAAUGGAGGCAGCACUACCACUACAUCUAACAGUUAUGACCGGAGCCAUAUCACCGGAGCUUCUAGUUCAACCACAGAGGGUGGUGGUGGGGUUGCUCCACUCCUCGUCUCAUCCUCCUCUGUGCUGGGUUAUCCCUGUGAGACUCUAAACCCUCCACCCAGUCCAGCCACGACAGCUGAUUCUGCUCGGCGUCAUCAUCGUCAUCACAUGGCUUGUGAUGAUGACUACUGGUGCUCUUCCUCUGGUGCAUCCCGUUUCCGUCCAUAUCGUCAUUAUCGUGCUAUUAACCAACCCCCACCUCCUACGCCAUGCAGUACUGAUGUGUGUGAUGAGUCUGAUUCUAAUUACCCCCCAGGUCGUCGAUAUUGUGGUCCUCCAUGUUCAGAGUAUGAUUCUGAUCCAUUUCCACCUCCUCCCACUCCACGCUCCCAUUAUUUGAGUGACUGUGGAGCAGGGGGUCUCACAACUUCAUGUCCACCAUCUCCCUCUUCAACAGCAGGUCGAUCUUCUACAUAUUUUAAUCCUCUUCCUCCUCCCCCAUCUCCUGCUCCCUCACCCAUCGGUCGCUGUGACUGCUGAUACAUCUGGAUGAACAUGUUCCUGAAGGAAAGGCACAGUUGUCCUGUGAACUAGUUUGAUCACUCUGAAUGGUUAUUGAAAAUGGCCUAAUGGAAAUGCUGGGAGAAGAAGUCUCAUUCACACUACAUAUUUCAUAUUUUUAUUACAAGAAAUGCUUGCUGCUUCCUAGUAUUUGUUUUUAAAGAAAUGAAAGAAAUAAGUGUGAAAUUAUUUCUUACAACUUCAGAGGAAUUCUUUAUAAGUGGUCAGUAAAAAAUAACUCUGCUUGUUGUAGCCUCAGUAAUAGUAAAGGAACUAAGUGAGCAAGAAUUCAACCAUCAUUUACUCAUAAUGGAUACGAAGAGUUUUUAAGUGACUGACAGGUGAUCAACCACUAUCUGUGAUACAUUCUCAUAAAUCUGUAUACAAGUGAUAUAUGUAUAUAUGUAAGUAGUCUUAAUUUAGAAAGAUAUUUGAUGUGCAUGCUUUUGAGUAGAUUAUUUUAUAAGUUAUUUCAUUAUUGAAAAAUUAUGUAUUCAUGCAUCUGUUGAAAAGGUUCAUGAGUAACACUGCCAUAUGUUUAAUAAAAAAAAUUUAAUUUGAUGUGCAUGAUUUGAAAAACCAAGAAGCAAUAGUUUGAAAGGAUUAUUUAUAGCUUGUGCCUUAUGAGAGAAUCGGUGAAUUUCAGAUUAUGACUUCAUGGUGUUUCAUUCCUUGCUUUUAUUUGGUUACUCUGCUUGAUAUUAUUUUGUACAUUUCACUUCAAGUAUUUUAUAUUAUUUUGAUUUGCUACUAGAAAGAAAUGAGUGACUGAAACUCAGAAAUGUACUUAAAUUAGUUCUUUGUCUAAGGAUGUAUUUAAUUAUCAUGUAACAUUGUCUUUCAUAACACAACAUUGAAUUUAGAUGUUCUGUGGAAUGUUGCUUUUGUUAUUGUUGGCUGAUAUCCAUUUAAUAAUUAUCAAAGAAUUAUGGAAAAAAAAAUUUUUUUGUUGCUAAACUCGUUAGUUACAUCUCAUUUAGUACAUGAAGUCUGAAUUCAAUGUUGUUUUUUUACUGUAUAUUAAUAAAUAUGUAUGCUAUUUAGCAUUGUAAGACGGGUAGACCUUUUGUGUAUAAUAUUUUAUAUUUUAAAUCCCUAAUAAUUCAAUGCAAUGUAAAGCAGCGUGAACAAAUUGAGAUAAAGAAACAAGAAGUAUUGAGUUGCAACCAAAAUUUGUAAAUGUAAAUUGAACAAAUCUUUCUAAAUGAAAAUUAUUACAUUACUUGACAAUUAUAUGUUAUAUUCCGUAACAAUUUUGAAACUCUUGUUUCUUUUCCUUACUCCUUUUUAACUGAAAAAAGGUAAACUAAUUUACUGUAGCUACCUGGCUUGGAUAUUGUUUAUUAUUACCUAGUUUAUUGAAAAGUGUGCCCUUAAGAGUUAAUAUUUUUAUCAUUAGCUCUUUCAGAUUGUUUACUUGAAGAAUUUACUGAAAUUUUGAUGAUUCUUGUUGAUCAUGAAUUGAAUUUUCUCAAUAUUGAAUCUGGACAAAAUUCAUAUAUUUUUUAUCUCAGUGUCUUAUCUCAUUUUUCUUUAAUUUGGCUGAUUCAGUGUUUGCAUUAUUGGAAGUUACAUUUUUUUCUUAAUUUGUGUUUGCAAUAAGAAAGGAAACUUUUUAAUUUAGUUUAUUGACAAAUUUCUUCAUAAGUCUUCAGUUGAAAAAAAAUCUUGGUUUUCCAUAACUUUCCAUCUGACUCAAACUAUUGACUGUAUUAAGAAGAAUUAUUCUGACAUUAUAAAAAUUUGAAAUUUUGACAAUUGUCUCUUUUUCCUGAAAACAGUCUCCCCCUGGCAACAGUCUCAUUUCUGCAUUUUCAUAAUAAUUUCUUUUUGAUAUAUUUUAUAAAAUUAAAUAUUUUCAUUAUUCUUAUUAAGUAAGAUGAAAGACAUAAUAAACUUAAAGUAAAAUGUUUAAUGCUCAGAUUUUCUAUUUACUGUCCAUAUUAUUAUGGUAGUGUCCCUAAUAUCCAUUUGAAAAUGCAAUAACAUAAAAAUAAUAUUAUUUAAAUUACAUUUUCAAAUUGGUAAAGUCUUUAUGUGCAAAAAAUUGUGACUUCUGUUAAUGUUAACCUCCCAAUUAUCUAGUUACAAGUACGCUUCUUGGGGAUUUUGUAUCAAGUUAGUUUCCAGAAAAUUCAGUUUUUAAAGUAAUUAACUGUAUUAUCACAAGUUUUAAAAAAAAAUUGAAUUUGUAGUAUUUUAAGAACUAUUUCAGUUUUUAAAAUGCAUUUAUUGUUUUGAUUUUAUAUGUGAACUCAUGAAUUUACUCUUGUUUCUUGAAUCUAUUUAUCUUGACUGCUUGUAAAAAAUGUUGCUGAAAAAUUUAAUAUUUAAAAUUUUAAGACUGUUGAGUACAAUAUUUUUUGAAGUUUUCACUGAGGAUACUUCAGUUACAAGGAUUAUCUAGUAUCACUAUCUUAGCUCAUAUCGACCAUUCAAUGUGAUUAGAGCUUCUUGUGUUAUUUAGAGAACCAAAUUCAAAUUUUAUUUUUGUGCUGUUGUGUGCUGUACUAAUUAAUGUAUGAUUAAUAUUUAUUUAGCUUUCUUGUGCAAAAUGCUUGUCAUUAUUAUUUAUAUUACAGCGUGAAAUGUAAAGCAUUAAUUCCUUACAUUUUGCUCAAUUUAUCAUUAAGUACAAACUAUAACAUUAUUAUCUCAAAGGAAAAUUGGAUAUUUGUACCUACUCUGUUCAAAAGCAAAGAGACGCUGGAAUAUUUUAUUUGGUGAUAGGAUGUAGAUUCGAACAUUAUCUUGUAACUGUAUAUACCCUCAGUGUGCAACUUCUUCAAGGUAACUAAUAUAUUUCAAUAUAUAAAAAUUAAUUAAUAAGAAUGGCAGGAGAUUGGGGAGAUAUGAUAGAGAAAAUAAGUGACUUGCAGUCCCUAUUGAGUUGCUCUCUUAAUUCCUGACUGCACGAGAGAUUUUACAGUGAAUUUUUUCUGAAGGUCUCACAUUGCAAAGAGUUCAUCAAUAGAUGACAUUAAUUUUCCUUGUGAAUGAAAUGUAAAUAAGUUACAUAACUGUACAUCAUAUUUAAUUGGCUGAGAUGUUGGUGGCAGCUGCAGAAAUGAAUUAUUAGAAUGCUUUCGGUGAAAAUAAGUGAAGACCUAAAUUUUAACAAUCAAGUGCCUUUACUCGAACUAUUAUUGUGAAGACUAUUAUCUGGAAAUGCUUUGCUCAUACUAAACUUGAAAACCAGUAAAAUAUGGAAAACUUUAUAUGUAUUGCCAACAUAGUGCAUUAAAGGCAUUUCCUUUGCCUCAUAUCUGCAAAGCAAUUAGUGGUUGAAAAGACUUCAUUAAAUAGUAACUCCCUUUUGUGUUUGUUUUAUUUACAUCAAUUAUUUGAAAGAAAAUAUAGUUAAUGUUACUCGCACAUAAUGUUUUUUUUUUCUUCAAUUAUUCGGUGAAGUUUGGUAAUGACAUUACAAGUGAAAUUAAUACAUAUCUGUAGAUAAAAACAUACUCUUUAGUUUUUCAUAAUUUUAAAUUUUUGAAAAAAAUUACAUUUGCAUUCUGUAAAAUGUGCUCAAGUUGAUAUUAAUUUAUUUUCAUCUAUUGUAAAUGCUUUUUCUAAAACAUUCAUUGAUAAACAAUAAAAUUAUUACAGGUACUGUGAAGUCUAGUUAAAUGAUGGCAUGCAAAAUUUUGUAAUGAAAUGUAAAUGUGUAUAUAUAAUGACUGUGAAGGAACAUUCUGGCUACAAAGUGUUGUUUAACGUCAAUUUUUUUUAAGUCCCCCAUAACCUGAUUUGUAUUUCUAAUGUAAGAUCAUGAAGAUGAUCUAUGAUCAUGUAGAAGAUAAGAAUGAAAACUGAAUACUAUUUUCUCUUUGCUGACAUUCAAGACCUGCAGUUGUAAUGGCAAUGAUUUCUGACAAAUUAUUAUUUGAUUGUGCUGCUGUUCUUGAAAUAAUUGUAUAUUUGUGCUGUUGAUGCUGUAAGCUUACAGUCACAUUGUUAUUUCCUCAAUUGUUCAUAUUUCUUAAUCAUCAUGUAAAUUUUUUCUUAUAUACAUGACACAUUAAACCUCAUGUUGUUAAUACCUUGAUUUAUUUAUUGGAUUGUCCCGAAGUCCCAAACAAAAUAAAAGUAGGAAAUGUUUGCGUUAGCCGUGUUUUGUUCAUAAAAACAGAAUUUGUUUUGUUCAUAAGUGAGUUUGUAAAUGUUUUAAGAAAGAAUACAUUCUGUGAAUUUGUAGAUCUUUGUGUAAUUGUGAAUUGUGCAAAACUGAGAAGCAUUCAUAAUUUUUCUAAGUUUCCUUAUUUUGUAAAUUUCGAGACUUUUGAUAUUUGGUAAUAGAUCAAAUGGAGAUCAGAAAUGAAGGUUGGGUAAAUAAUGGUUACAUAUAAUCGCAAGGGAUUUGGUAUUUUUAGUGUAAAAUUUCUGUUUAGUAAGAGGUAAAGACGCA